CCUUCCUCAGCAGCACCAUCCCUCACAAGAGCAUCAAGAUGGCGUCAGAAGAAGUGCAAGGAGCACAGAUAAAAGCGACGGCACCAGGAGUAGACUCUCAGUCCGACCCGUCAUCGCUCAACAACCGUCUCGAUAGCAUCAGCCUCAGCUCCGUUCCACCUGCUCCCACUCCCUCGUCCUCCUCGCCCUCCUCCUCAUCAAAGCCCUCCAAACCCGCAAAGUCCUCCAAAUCGCCGCAUCCCAAAUCUCCGGCAUCUCAACCACCUCUCACUCAACUCAGUCGAGCCCUCUCCUACCUGCUCCGUCACGGUGCCGAAAAGGAGAAGCUCCCCAUCCGACCCGAUGGCUUCAUCCCUGUCACCGAGUGCUUGAAGCGCUCUCGAGUCAAGCAGAUAGACAUGGAGCCUGACAAUGGGCAAUUCACCAAGGACGGUAAGAAGAAAAGGAGAGAGCCCAAGUUGGAGGAUGUAAGGCGUGUAGUGGAGGAUGUGGCGCCUGGGGAGAAGAGGAGAUUUGAGAUGAGGGAAAUCGACGGCAACUGCUUCGUUAGGGCGAUUCAGGGCCAUACGAUCGAGAGCGUCAAGGAAUUGGAUCAUGUAGCUGUAACGCUACAGAAUCUCGACGUACUCGCAUUACCGACGGCGAAGACAGACAGUGAGAGCGCUACGAGCCCACAAGAGGAGGGCGAGCCUCGUCUCCCACCCGGCGUCGAGAUCCUUCAUGGGACCACUGAGCCAGCAUGGGAUCUCAUCAAGCAGUCCGGUUGGCUGAGCAGGAUGAAGCGAAAUCAUAUCCACCUGGCGAGGGCACGUCCAGGUGUCGAAGGUGUGGGGAGUGGUGAGUGCGAGCCACGCUGGCCGUGGCGGUAACGUUGGAGGCAGGCGACAUUGGGGAGUUUCAACGGAAGUAAAGCGAAUACUGACUACGCAUCUGUCGCCAUCAUGCUCAGGCAUGAGACCAAACUCCCCGCUUCUGAUCCACAUCGACCUCAUCAAUGCUCUCCGUGAUGGAGUGCCUUUCCACCUCGCGAGCAAUGGCGCUCUUUUGACUGCAGGCGUCGACGAGAAGGGGGUGCUACCGCUCAAAU